UCCUCUGGUGACAAUGAGGACAGAGAGAAGGGGAUGCGCGGUGGUCGCAUGCAUCGACGAUUACUAUCAGGGCAGCCCGUUUGCUGUCGGUCACGUCGUUUGUUAUUGUUAUCACCCUCGCAUUGACAUGUGUUUCUGUGUCACGGUACAAACGUGUGGCAGAGUGGGGCGCGUAGAGGAUGAUGCUGCGAUCUUUUAUGCCGCUGCUGGUCCUGACAGUGCAAGUUAGUUUUGCCGUGCUGUUUGUGGUUUUGAACACAUCCCCCAGUUUGUCCGAUUCUGUUUAUAAAGUGCUGAUCUGACCUGCUUCAUAAAAACACAGUGAGGCGGUAAAAGAGCGUUUCUACGUGGACGCGGGAGUGAAAGGCGCGGCAGCCUUUGCUGCAUGCGGGAGAUGUCAGACCCUCAACCAGACCCUGAAGAUUUUUAUUUAAAUCGUUGCUGAGACGCCUGCAGAAAUGGGUCGUCAAGAGGCCAGCUACGUGUGGAAGAAGAACACUGAGAACAUCCAGGAGAUUUUUGACUUCAUGGAGGAGUUGGGAUCAGGGGCCUUCUCAGAGGUUUACAUGGUGAAGGAGAAGAAGACGGGGAAAACGUUUGCCAUGAAGUGUGUGAAGAAGAAACAGAAGAGGGACCUCAGUCUGGAAAAUGAGAUUGCUGUGUUGAGAAGAAUCAAACACGAGAAUGUUGUGGGGAUGGAGGACUUCUAUGAAAGUCGGACCCACUACUACCUCGUCAUGCAGCUUGUUUCUGGUGGUGAGCUCUUUGACCGCAUACUGGACCGGGGGGUGUACUCAGAGAAGGAUGCCAGCAGGGUCAUCCAGCAGGUGCUGCAGGCUGUCCACUACCUGCACCAGAACGGCAUAGUGCAUCGUGACCUCAAGCCAGAGAACAUCCUGUGCUACAGCCAGGACGACAGCUCCAAGAUCAUGAUCAGCGACUUUGGCCUCUCAAAGAUGGUUGACAACGGUAUCAUGUCGACUGCCUGUGGCACUCCAGGAUAUGUAGCUCCUGAGGUUUUGGCACAGAAGCCCUACAGCAAGGCAGUAGACUGCUGGUCUACUGGAGUCAUCACAUACAUACUACUCUGUGGAUAUCCUCCCUUUUAUGAAGAAAGUGAGACACGACUCUUCUCCAAGAUCAUGAAGGCCCAGUAUGAGUUUGAUUCGCCCUUCUGGGACGACAUUUCAGAAUCUGCUAAAGAUUUCAUACGUAACAUGAUGCAGAAGAAUCCCAACAUGCGCUACACCACAGAGCAAGCGCUCAGACAUCCCUGGAUUAUCGGACAGACGGCCCGGAGCCAGGACAUCUACUACUCUGUCAGCGUUCAGAUCCAAAAGAACUUUGCUAAAUCCAAGUGGAAGCAAGCAUUCAACGCCGCUGUAGCUGUCAACCACAUGAAGAGGCUGCAGAAAGCCCACUCCCAGCUCCCCCUGAGACAGCCCACCAUCCCAGAUAUCAAGGUGGUCGACUUGUCCUCUCCAACAGCAAACUGCAAACAUCUCGAUCCAGACAAGCUUGGCCCCAAGGCAGCUGAAGUCAAAGGCAACGAAAACGAGAAAAAUCACAUGUCCCUGCCCACCAGCCCCGUUGAGCCGAAGAGCCAUUACCACUCACUGAAGGCCAGCCACAGCCGGUGUGGCCCACACCACACGCCCACUAUAGCUGAGCAGAGCAAGCACGUCUUCCACUCUGAGCCCGCCAAUCUGAAUGGGUAUGGUAAAAUCCGUAACGGCAAGACUGUGCAGACUGGAGUUUGCUCAGUCAUGUGAAGGCUGCAUGAGGUUUUACAUGAAAAGAAGCAUUUCACGUGGUCAGUAUUGCUGUGCUGACUCAGCAUGCAGCUGUUUUGUGUCAGUUGCUCCCUGGGUGCAGAGAAGAAGAAGUGGCUAAACGUCUGAGGGACCUGAGUGGUCUGUGAGGUCCACACAGCCUGGGGGACAUUUUGUUUUGGGAAGAGUGUCUCUGAAGCAUCCCGACAGCCACACACGCACACAAAGCUCACAUGUUCAGAUGGACCAGACUCAUUUCAAUCCACAUGCACAGGGUAGACUUCAGCUAGCAGGACAGUAUUGAAGAGAAGACGAUGCUGCUCAGCUCCACCUGAGUGUCCAUCUCACUCAUGGAGCAACAGGUUAAGAGUCCUGGCUUGUAGAGCUGUGGCUACGUGUCAUGAAAGGGAAUAUUUACAGAGCAGUAAGACGCAUUGUUGUACUUCAUCACGUAUAGAGCAUUGUCGUAUAGCCAGUGUAAGGACAAUAGAACAUAAGCAUAAACAGCUUGUCUCUUAUUUUCAUGACCUUUCUCGUGUUCAUUGUUCUGUUUCAUGUUUUCUAAAGUAUUUGCUUCAUUUAAAGGUAAUGAUCUAAAGAGCCAUGUACUUAAUAAAAGUCUAUAUGCGACACAUCAUGAACAUUAAAUGCCACACGUAUAUCUAUAACUUGACACUUAAAAGCUCUUGUUAGAAUAUAAAAUGCUGUUUAUAUUCACUUACUGUAAGUGGCUCAUUCUGGGCAGUCUGCUUUUUGUCUCUUCAGCUGUAUGUGGCUUUGUACCGAUGCAUUCAACAGUUAUUGUUAUGAUCUGUAUUAAGCUGUUGCUGCGUGCUUGUGCAUAAAGUCUGCUGGUGUCGUAGUA